CCUCUCCAAACUCCCGGCCAAGGCGCGCGGUGGCGUCCUCGCGCUCUCGCUCGCGCCCCCGCCCGUCGCCCGCGCAGGCCAGGCAUGAAUGCUGAGACUUGUGUGUCUUACUGCGAGUCGCCGGCUGCUGCCAUGGACGCCUACUACAGCCCGGUGUCGCAGAGCCGGGAGGGCUCCUCGCCUUUUAGGGCAUACCCCGGCGGCGAGAAGUUCGGCACAACUUUCCUAUCGGCCGCCGCCAAAGGACAGGGAUUCGGAGACGCCAAGAGCCGGGCCCGCUACGGCGCGGGGCAGCAGGACCUGGCGGCACCCCUGGAGAGCGGCGCCGGGGCGCGGGGCUCCUUUAACAAGUUCCAGCCCCAGACUCAGCCGCCGGCCCCGCAGCAGCCGCAGCCGCAGCCGCAGCCGCAGCCGCCCGCGCAGCAACCGCAUCUCUACUUACAGCGCGGCGCCUGCAAGACGCCCCCGGACGGCAGCCUCAAAAUCCAGGAAGGCAGCGGCGGCCACAACGCGGCCUUGCAGGUCCCCUGCUACGCCAAAGAGAGCUCGCUGGGUGAGCCAGAGUUACCGCCUGACUCUGACACCGUGGGGAUGGACAGCAGCUACCUCAGUGUGAAGGAGGCUGGGGUGAAGGGGACCCAGGACCGGGCCAGUGCCGACCUCCCCAGCCCGCUGGAUAAGGCCGACUCAGAGAGCAACAAGGGUAAGAAGCGACGGAACCGAACCACCUUCACCAGCUACCAGCUGGAGGAGCUGGAAAAGGUCUUCCAGAAGACCCACUACCCCGACGUGUACGCACGGGAGCAGCUGGCCAUGAGGACAGACCUCACCGAGGCCCGCGUGCAGGUCUGGUUCCAGAACCGAAGGGCCAAGUGGAGGAAGAGAGAGCGUUUUGGACAGAUGCAGCAGGUCCGAACCCACUUCUCCACCGCCUACGAGCUGCCCCUCCUCACCCGAGCUGAGAAUUACGCCCAGAUUCAGAACCCAUCCUGGAUCGGCAACAAUGGGGCCGCCUCACCGGUGCCAGCCUGCGUGGUCCCCUGCGACCCGGUGCCUGCCUGCAUGUCCCCUCACACCCACCCCCCUGGCUCGGGGGCCAGUGGCGUCACCGACUUCCUGAGUGUCUCUGGGGCCGGUGGUCAUGUGGGCCAGACACACAUGGGUGGCCUGUUUGGAGCAGCAGGGCUCAGCCCGGGCCUCAACGGCUAUGAGCUCAACGGGGAGCCGGACCGCAAGACCUCGAGCAUCGCGGCCCUCCGCAUGAAGGCCAAGGAGCACAGCGCGGCCAUCUCCUGGGCCACAUGACAGGGCCCCUCGCAGCCCAUCCCCACGCCCUCCCCCACCUCGGGGCACUGGCCACGCCCAUGCUUUCCAGGCCCCCAGACUCCCAUUCGACUUUCCUCUUAGGAACCUGGCCUGGGCCGGGGGCCUGGCCCUCAGCACUUUCAGCCGCCCCAAGUGUGAGGCCCCACGGACCGCUGGGAGGGAGGGGGCAGCAGGCCCCGCCCUCUCUGGCACUGAGGCCGAGACCCCUGCUCCUGGCCAGAGGCAGCGGAGGAAGCCAGGUGGCCGAUUUUGCAGCUUUGCAUCCAUUAUAAGCUGAAGACCCUUUCUCCCCACCCCUGCUCUUCUGCCCUGCCCGGUUUGAGGGUUGAGUCAAGGAUAGAUUCCCAUCCAGACCGAGCAGCGGCCACGGGCAGUCAUGUCCGUCCUUCCCUCUGCUGUGUGGUCCCCUGGUCACCAGGCCAGUGAACGUGUCUGAAGAACAGGCCACCCUACAGAGUUGGCUUCCUGCCCUCCCAUCUCCUCUCCUCCCAAAGCCCACAGCAUCCGACCUCCUGGGCCCAAGGCACCACCUCGCCUUCACCCACCCUGGCUGUCCCCUGUGCCGGACCCACCUGGGGGGAUGGACAGAACAGGAAAGGAGCUGGAGCUGAAGGAUCCUGCUGUCAUCCAGCGAUGCUGGCAUCUAGGACAGUCCCUGAGGGGGCCUCGUCCGGCUCCCUUGCUCCCGGAGACCCCGGAUCUGGGUGAACACCGCAGGGGAGCAGACACAGACCACCCACGAUACCCACAGUGCUAGAAGAAGAAAAGCUUCUAGAGAGAGGAAGAGCUGCGGGCAGGGGUCCGGGAGGGGACAGGGGCUCGGGCACACACUUGCGCUCUCCUUGACGGUCCAACACCCUGCAGCCAGCAGGGUGCCUGUUACAGUGGGCAGGUCUGGGCAGCUCUGUUCUCCAGCUAGCCAGGCCCCUCCAGGAGGACCUGGGGACGCUUGUCCCCUCCCCCACCCAUUCUGGUCUCUCGCCAGGGCUGCUGAGCAGUGCCCCGGCGUGGAAGGACUUAUACCUCGGAACACACAAGCUAGGGCCUGGAGCCGUGUUGGCGGGGGGUCAAGAGCAGCGUGCGGAGUUUGCUAAUGGAUGUGCGCGCUCGGCCUCUCGGCCCUUACGCUGCCUCAGGCUGCCUGUCCCUCACCAGCCAUCCCUGGAGCAGCACCAGACCUGCCCAGAGCCUUCCGCAGGGGCAGGGGGCGGGGGGUCCCAGUUCUUCCAGACAAAGGGAAGACAGAGCCCUCUCUUGUGCUUCUUCCCUAGGGCGUCAGAAAUCUCAGCCCUUCUCUCCAGCCUCUAGAGGGGCUCAUGGGCCCAGCCUCUCUGGGUCACUUGCUCUGCCCCAGAUGUGGGAGACAGGAUGCCCCCCGGAAGUGGGUUUCCCUGCCUGUGGAAGAGGCCUCCUUCUGUGGGGGAUCUCUAUCCACGUCUGCCUGACUGGAGACUUGCAGCUCGAGUUUCGGCACCAGGUCCCAGCCAUCAUCUAAGCCCGUGGUGCACAGCACCUGUCCUCUGAGUCCCCUCCAGCGGGGCGGCCCCUGGGGAGAAGGCCCCCACCUUCUCCAUCAGGGAGGAGGGCCAAGUCCAGCAGGCUCGGGGACCUGCCCACAGGACAGCCUCUUGGCUUCGGUGGAGGGUGACAGCCUCUGGAGGUUUAGAAGGAAUCACAGUCCCCACCUCUGCCUUGUGUUCCCAUCUGCCCCGGAAACAGGACUGGGGAAGGAUCUGGCUUCGGCUCCCUUCGUUAAGAGUCAGACCUCUUUGCAAACCGUGGCUCUAACAUUUGCUCUUCUACAAGUGAAGGUACAGGUGAUGUUCUCAUUGGCUCAGCUUUAAAGGUUUCUUAUAUCUGAGGAUCUGGGAAUGCCUCUUCCAGUUCUGAGGUUCACUGAAAUAACUCAGGCUCCCCAAAUCUAGGAAGGGAAAGAGGGAAGCACGAAAGGCUGGGAAUAGUUCUCUGUCUUCCUUAACGGCUCUGGUGGCUGGGAAGGACAUGGGAGGACCCCUUGCCAUAGGUAUGUUCUCACCCAGGAGGGAAUCAACAGAGAGAGGAGGAAAACCAGGAGAGCGCCAGAGGAGGAGGGGAGGGAGAGAGGGGGCUCUAGGUGGAUCCUUCUGGAAGGGACCCCUGGUGCUCAGUUCCUCUAUCUGACUGCUUUCUGGCUGGGUGACACCUCAGUCGGACAAAUUUCAACCAAAAAGCUUGAGAAGAAAAAGCCUCUGGUAGAGGAAGAGGCUCUGUGGCUCUGGUUGUCCUUCCCACCAACACGGCCAAGUAUUUAUGUGUCAAACGUCCGUGUGAAAUGUGCCUGUUCAUCUCCCCACAGGGAGGUCGCCCCACCUGCCCCAGGCCUAUCUUCACCCUGUCCCAGCUCCCCAGGGCUGGCCCAACACCCUGAGAGUCAUAGAACCCUUGAGCUGGAAGGACUGAAAGGCCCUCUACUUAGUACAGUCCCUUCACAAUGGAGAACGAGAAGGUCCCAGCCCCGGGGGUUGGGGCAGGGGCGGUGAAGUGACUGCCCUAAGCAGCGGCCUUAGCCCACAUGUUGGUGGGGGGGGGAGGGUACGCCUCACACGGCGUCUCCGCUCUCUGCUGGAGGUCCUCCCUCUCUCCUGAGCCUACCCUCUGGUUCCUUCCCAGUGGGUGGCUGGGCCCAGGCCUCCGAGGGCGGGAGGCGUCCCCGCAGCAGCUCCUGCGAGGGCUCAGCAAGCUUGGGUGACGCGCCGGGGCUGGCUGGCUUCCUCGGGAGCAAGGUCUCGGGAAGGCGGGCAGAGAGGAGAGCCAGCCUGCUCUGAGGGUCACCGCUAAGCGAAUAAGCUGCAAGGGGUGAGGAUUCCCUUUGGUUACUUGCCUAAGAUCUCAGCAGAUGUGGCAAAUGCGGACCACUGGGCAGCCUCUUCAACACCGAGAGCCUCCGAUCCCUGCUGGGGACACGGCCAGGUGGCCAGGGCUUGACACGAAGGUGCCGCCACCACCCUCAGAUGCCCUCACACUCCCGGGGCCCGGGAGGAGAGGGCACUGGCUUGUCCCCAGGUCUCCAACAGCACUUGGAGGACACGGGCUUUGUAACUUGUCUUGAAUCCUUUCGACUGUACUUGAUUCUCAGCUCUCACUACCGAGCCUCCAGCUCUGGGAAGCAUGGUGGCCAGGUGAGUUCAAAGACACUGCUAGGGGACGGGGGCAGCGGUCGUGAGGUGGGUCCCAGCAACACACCGCAGUGGCCACACGGGGCCCAGCUCCAGAGCCCCCGCCUGCCCUCUCUUUGGCUGGGUAGACGAGAGGAGUUUUUCCACAAAAGCUACCAGGGUAUCUUGCUUACGCAGCCGUUGUCUCUCUGGGCCAGGUCGUGGGGAGAUCAUCUCGCGGGACACCCCGGGGCUUCUGGUCGGCUUGAUGGCCCUGUCAGGUGCAAAGGCAAGUAAGACAAGCUGGGGGAGGACGGUUGGCAAAGUGGCCCCCCAGGAUAAUAAUCCAUGGCCAUAAAAGAGAAAGAGGAGAAGACAAGAACCCUACUGCCAGAGUUCCCAAACUCCACUUCACCUUCACCAAGGAUGCUGCAGGGAUAAGAGGCAUUCUGGUGAACCAGACGUUACCUAAGCUUGCCCUCCCCCCUCCCCCUCCACGUACAUACAUAGAGCUAGGCCUUUAUACUACUGAUUUUGAAGGACAGUUUUCAAUGCCUAAUAGUCUGCUUGGAUGUGCAGUGGUUGAAAAGCGCUGAGUGCUAGAAGGAGCAUGAAGCUCAGCCAACACUGACUGUUCUCAUUGUAAGAUAUUUUUAACCCUGUAUAAACGCAACUUUUCCCUUUAGCUUAAUGGCCUGGGGUGGAAUAUUAAAAAUAUAUAUUAAAAAUACAUUAAAAACUCAGAAAAAAAAAUGUAUUAAAAAAAAUGAGGUCAGUUCCAUAAAGUUUUACUGCCUAAUACCACCAUGUAACGACAUUAUAGCAAACUAUUAAAAGAAUCAUUCUUGCCUUUUAAAGUAAGUUAUUGCACUUACAUCUUCUUUGGGAGGGGGGGAAUAUGUGAUGAGAAGGGGACUUAGGGCCCAGGCACGGGGCCAAGUGGAGGGCGGAAGCAAAUGGACGCUCCGGGGCACCCUACGCCGGGCACGGCCCAAACUGUCUGUUUGCUUGGUGUUUGCAAUAAACUCCUUCUCCUUCCUCCUCUCAA